AUGGUGCUGCCAAAACGGCCACCACGCCAGCAACUUUUCCAGGUCAAUUGCGCUCAGAGAUCCUGCAAUAGAAAGAGACUUUUGAAGCCAAGUUUGAUGCUCUGUGCCAAUCAUUCUGGGAUCGUAUCUCACCCAGAAUGCCAGUACUUACUGCACGACUAUCCCAUGAUGCCGACUUCGCCUCUUAUUCUUCUUCCAGACCAGGGGCCUAUUCAGAGACUUCUCCAUACCAUAAUCCAUGCACACAUGGGGUAUCCAAAUCAUGGAGGACUUGUGUGCCCAAAAUCCAGCCACCGUUGA